AUGGCCCACUGUUCCGAUGCUGAGCGAUUGUUCGCAGUGCGUGUUCUUGAGGAGACUUCGGCAGAGAUCGGCUUUGAUUACCACGAGGUCUUCGAUAAGCUGCUUGAGGGCACUCGUCAUUGUCUCUUGGAACUGAUCCCUGUGUUGUGGCCGCACGACGGCGAGAAUCUCUAUGCUCUGAGGGACCUCCUUACUUCGCUAAAGCAUGAUUCCGGCGAGUGUAUCCUCUCUGGGCAGGUCGACAAGCAAUGUAUGUCGUUUCAGGAUGCCAUUUCGGCUGAGAGCGAUUUGCUCCGGCAAAUCCGUUUCAGCUCUCAGAUUUUGGCGACGAUGACGUUGCCAACAGGUGCUGCUCGGACAGGUCUCAUCUGGCUGCAGACGCAACACCGCGUUGCCUAUCAGGACAGGGACGUUGCCCCUCUGUUGUGUGAUGCCGGGAUUUUGUCCAUUGAGCAAGUUCAGACACGAUCAGACGAGCGUCCUCAGCUUGAUCGUUUGCUGGGCGCGAGUUUUGUGCCGGGCACGGACGGAUCAUAUCGCAGCUGCGCUCAGUAUUUCAGCGCCGUCGUUAAGCAUCAAGAGCGGGAGCUACGUAUUCCUGUCAGUGACCUGCUGUCCGGUCUUAUCAGAGACUGCAAGCGCAGUAUCCUUCGGGGCCUAGGCCCCGAGCAGCUGAAGGACUCUUUUGACGUUUGGUCGCUCCGACCCCUCCUGCAGGAGUCUAGCCAGAUAGUGGAAGCCUGGUCCGCUGAGGACUUGAAUGCCAUGACUGAUGCAACUCUCAUAGCGGUGUGGUUCAUGCUGCGUGAGGUGGAACUCAGCAACAUCCGGCGGUCUCAUCUUUAUGUCGAGGGUUCGCAGCUUUUCAUUUUGCUCGCAGUCUACAAGACCGGCAAGGAUCUUCCGAAGUCACGCGUCGUGGCGUGUUUCCGAUCAGUGUUGCAAGCAGCUGGCGUCCCUUUGACGCGACCAGACGAAUCGGGGGUACAGGUGCCGAGAUUCCACGGGCACUGCGCCCGAGUGAGCGGAGCGCAAUGGCUGAUCUCCUUACACCUCGCUCUGCACUUGGUUAUGCUCCUGGGCCGAUGGUCCAGCGCAGCAAUUUACAAGUACGUACAGUCGACCCCGCUGUUGCAGUUGCCUUCGGCUACACAUCAGGUGUUUCAGGGCAUCGCUGGCGACGCAGUGAAUGUGCAGACCGAGUUGCACGGGGCCGCCAGUUUGGCAGCUUCCAGCGCAGCCUCCCAGCCCGACAAUCAGGCGAUUGAUCUCACGCAGGAGCUGGCGACUCUUCAGGAGGAAGUGUCCUUCUUGAAAAAGGCGGCGAGCGAGCCGCCAGAGACCUUGGUUCGGUCAGUCAGGUCCCUUCUUGUACAUCGGAUUCGAGUGAACGAGAAGUCGAAUCCUCCACGAAAGUGGAAAACCGUGUGCGGUUGGCCAUACGGUUUGCGUAAUUUCAUGCGAGUUCCUCCUGAGGAAGACUUCGACCUCAAGACGCUGCACACCCAGCAGAUCAGCAUCAUCGCCAAGGACCGGUGCGAGGCAGCCAGGGCGAAUUUGGCGGCCAACCGUGGGAUUCCAGGACCGGCAAACAUCUGUCUUUCUUGCUUGUCUCCCGCGUUCUCGUUCUUCGUUUCUCGGGUUAAUUGCAGCCUUCGCAACAUGACUUCUAGCUCUGCGGAGCCAUCCAUGGACGAGAUAGCCGCUCAAGCUGGGGCUGGCGAAGAGCUAAAGCGGUAUCUGCGCGAGAGGGGUCUCACCUCCACAGGCGCUUUCUCUAUGGUUGCCCAGGGCCAGGAUCAGUUCGACGCCUGCAUAGUGGCGCCGCUGCUAUCGGGAUGGCAGCCCGACCCGGCAGUGCCGGCUUUGACCAUCCCCGAGCCUGAGAAACCAAUCGCCAGGGCAAUUUUACGUUUCAUGUGGACACUGGCUAGAGAGGCCAGGGCCCGCGCUGCAUCAUCAGCAGCGCCUGCGCCUGCAGUUACUGCUUCUCCCGUCGCUGGGACCUUGACACUGGCGGCUUGCAGUACCGAACCAGCAAAGGUUCCCAAGCAUCUGCCACCAGGUGAAUGGCGGAAGAUGAUUGAUCGUUACAACGCCGUGCUGAUCAACGGGGAGGCUCGGCUCCCCUUCCCGGAGCAGGAGUUGCUGGGAGCGGAAUCCGUGGUGGCUCGGGUACUUUACGAACACCGAACCAGUAAAUUAUAUUGCCCCGUGGGGUUGGGCGAGGUAUUGCAAAGGCGUUCCUUUCAGUCCAACGGAGAGGUAAAUCCCCUGGCGAAGAGGGCCAGGUCCAGCAAACUGUCCGUUGAGGACGGUGUGCUCAAGGAGGAGGCCGUUGCCGAGGACGAGUGGGUUCCCCGCGGAUACAUGAGUGUUAUGGACGGCCUGAACAGCAUACGCUGGCUUUACGUCUUGUGCGAGAUUGGCUCCGAGACAGCCGUGCAUGCCUACUUUGAUUCCAUGAUCAAGCGCUCGAGGACUCGCAAUGUUCAGGUUGAGCAGUUCAAAGCUUACUUCGAGAAGGCCUCCUGGCGUUUGUGUGCGAUGUUGCGGGCUAACAAGACUUGGAAGGAGGCUAGCGAGGAGAUCCUCAAUGAUGUCACCGCCUUCCAGGAAGCGCUCAUGAAGGAACCCACCGUUCCAUCUCCCAACAAGCGGAAGCUUCCAGUGCCGGAUGAUUCGGCCGUGGACGCAGCGACCUGGAUCCCCGCCAAGAAGGGCAAGGGGAGUGGAAUCGCCCAUGGCAUGCCGAUUCCUGGCAUGCUGACUCCCGUUGACGACUUCUCCGAUCGAUUUCAUGGCCAGGACGACCCGGAACCGAAUAUCGAGCCCUCAGCCGAGGACACGACUGGGGUGGAUUCGGGCGCGGCGGCACACACUGCCCAGGCGAUUGGAUGCCCGCCUUUCUGUCUGCAGCUGCCACCGCUGGAGAAUGUCCGCGAUGUGAUAGUCCUUUCUAUGUUCGACGGCAUGGGCUCUUCGGCUUUCGCACUGCAGCAACUCGGGGUGCGGAUUCGGGCACUCUUCACGUGGGAGGUGGACAUUCCCGCCAACCGCGUCUCCAAGUCCAUCUUCAAGGGUCUGCGGUUCGAGCGCGGUGACAUCACGCAAGACGACCCUCGCGUCGUGGCCAACAUGAUCCUCGACAUGGACGCGGGCGCCGCCUCUCCGAUUCUUGUUUUGGCCGGGCCCCCUUGUCCUGAUUUCUCCAAGGUGGCCAAUGGACAGGGUCGGUCAGGACCUACGGGAAAACUUUUUCAGGUCUUUUGCUUGUUUCUUCAGACACUGGAGGGCUUGCUUCUUCGACAUAGUUUUCACGUCAUCGUGGAGAAUGUCGUGAUGAAUCGAAGGGAGGACGUCGAUUUCUUCAGCCAGCAGCUGGGGGCAUCUCCGACAUUGCUGUGCUCCUCCGAUUUCGGCAUCAUCAGCAGACCGCGCCUUUUCUGGACCCGACUGGACUUCGCGAAGGUCAAGACAAAUCCCAUCACGGGGCAACCCAUGCGGUGGUCUCGACAGAACGGGCAUGCACGUCUUUUCAUCGACCCUCCCAAGGACCAGGUCUCCCAGUUUCAGAUGAAGGGACUCGAGUUUCACAGCGAGGUCAAGGCAGGACGGCGGCUACUGCCGUGUCUCACGACACCAGCGAGCUCCGAUGCUGGGAGAGAUCCUCCUCGCGGCAUGCGCGGAACAUUGGAUCCCGAGGUCAAACGCCGCUGGCUUCAAGCUGGGCGCCAGUACGCACCAUGGCAUUACGAGGCGACGGCCCUUGUCACGGCCAACACUGGCGAGCAGACCACCUUACCUGUAGAGCUCAAGGAGCAAGCUCACCACUACCGACCCGGCAUCACCAGGCUUCAGAACAUCACUCCGCGCGAUCGACGCAAGAUGCUUGGGAAUAGUUGGCACAUCGGCGUGAUCAAGUUUCUCCUUUGGUUGGUACUGUCCCAGGUAGUUCCUGCCUCGUCGUGUUCCGGAGCGAACUCGAGGACUAACGAUCAUUCUCUUCAGGAGCUUUUCCAGUGGGCUCGACGCGAGCCUCUUACUUUGAGUCGGGAGGUUCCGGCUUCUCGUUUCAUUUGUCUGCCUCCUUCUGAUAGCGAGUGGGAGCACUGGCUCAUGACGGCGGAAAUUGCACACCCGCUGCUGGCCAAACCCAAGGUUGGCAAGGCCCUACAGCUCGUUUACGAGCGUUUGAGGACGGUCGGGGACGGUAUUCAGUCGCUGCGCGAGUCCGUUUUGCAGACUCUGGGAAACUUCGUUCGUGAGCACAAACAUGUUUCCGACCAGUGGUUUGCGAGCUUGCCGAGUCACGUGCAGUCUGCUUACAGGUUGUCGUCUGAUCAAGAGUACGUUCAAAUACCAGCCUUUGUCGCGCUGCUCCAAGGUUGCGGUUAUCCCGAGGUCGAGGCCUUGGAAGCAGAGCUCUCCCAAGGUAUGCCCAUGAUUGGCAGAAUUCGCCCGACUCCGGGUUGGCUGCCUCGGACGGACUCCAAGUACAGUGCUCCCAUCAGUUUCGAGGCAUUCCAAUCACUGAACGAGCAUCACGUGCGGGAGAGAUUGACGCGGCACCGCGUCGAUGACGAGUGGGAGACAAUGCUUUCUGAGGUCAUCACUGAGGUUCGAGCUGGUCGCAUGGAAGGCCCCUUUCGAGCCCCACCAGGCUGGAAGCAGGAGACCGUGCCAGUGGCUGGGGUUGAUGGUUUUGAGGUCUUGUCAGAUUGUCCUGACCUUAGGCCCUGUAUUGCUUGGGCUUUCUCAGUCGUGCAAGAAGGUUCCGAUGGCAAGCGCAAGGUCAGGCGCUGCGAGGAUUAUCGGAGAAGCUUCCACAACGAUACUGUGCAAGCUUUCGACAUACCACCUCACGACGACAUUGGGGUGUAUGUAUCAAUGGUUCGUCAUCUUCACGCCAGCGGCGAAUUCGGCAUGAUAUGGGCCCAGGACUUGCAUUCGGCAUAUAGACAGUACCCUGUUCGUUCGCCUAGUCACUGCUACGUCAUAGUCAUGACCCCAGAUGGCCCGACCCUUUGGCGGCAUCGGGUCAUGCCGUUCGGGGCAACUGCAUCUGUUUUCCAUUUCAACAAGGUGACAGACGCUUUGCUGUGGUUGGCGAGGACAUUGUUGGUUAUUCCAGCCAUUCACUAUGUGGAUGACCUGGGCAGUGUUGACCCAGCAUCAUCUGCUCAGUCGAGCUUUACAUCGUUCGAUGCUUUUUGCAGUUUGCUCGGUUUUCAGCUAAAACCUUCCAAACGACAGCCUCCUGACAGGAUCCAGAAGCUACAGGGGGUUAUCGUGCAGAUAGGUGACCAAGGCGUGACAGUCGCUCCCUCCGAGUCCCGAGUUCGGAAACUUGUUUUCGCCUUACGACGAGCGCUAUCCGAGGAUAGCCUCUCUCCUGACGAGGCAGCCAGACUCGCAGGCAAGCUGGGUUUCCUGUCCACCUCCUUGUGGGGUCAGGUCGGCCAAUCGCUGACACGUCCACUGCAUGGACGAGCUCACGGUCCCAAGAACGGGACGAAUGCUCUCAACUCAGGACUGCGGGCAUGCAUGCAAUGCCUGAUUGCGCUGAUCUCCAACCCGGUACCGAGAUUAAUUCCUUUCGCAGGCGAGAGAUGUGGGGUUUCAGUUUUGUAUGCUGAUGCGUAUUUUAAGCUUGGUGACAAGAAGUGGUCCGUUGCUUCAGAUUCCAUUCCGACGAGUUGGCCAGCGAAUAUGCAUCUGGCCGAGAACGGUUGGGGUUUCAUCUGCCGGGCUUCCGAUCGCAUUACCGCAGGGCAUGGCAGCGUCCCGCCUCGCAUUUUGCGAUUAUUCGGCUCUCGCAGGUCAUACAUAUAUUUCCUCGAGAUUUUCUCGCAGGCCGUCUGUCUUUUGGCCAACCACGAUCAGAUUAGCCCAUUCUGGGUUUCUUUCUGUGAUAAUCGUGCAGGUUUGGCAGCAUUGCGGAAAGGCUACGGCAAAGAUGAAAGCAUCAACCGUUUUCUCUCUUGGUUCCAUGCUUUGUGCAUAAGACUUCGCUGGCAUGGUCAUUUCGAAUGGGUUUCGAGCCAAGCUAACCUCUCGGACAAAGUCAGCAGAGGUGAUUUGAGGUUCGUUCGGUCCCAGGGAUGGCCUCUGCUGCAAGAUGACCUCUCGGAGUUCUGGGCGGUUGUUGAGCGCAUUGCUGCGGAUUCCGAGUUUGCGACUGGUGCCGGCGUUGAGGCUGCUCUGGCUUCGAGGUGGCUUUUUCAGAGCUCCACUUGA